AGUAUUUCAGCGCUGCACAGACGCACAACGCAGAGGGCAUGCAGAAAUGGCCGAGAACGGAAGAUGCAGUGCAAAGCUGGAGUUCGCUGUUCAGAUGACAUGUGGCAGCUGCAGCAACGCCGUGAGGAACGCCCUGCAGGGGGCGCCAGGUGUCCAGUCUGUGGAGAUUGACCUGCAGAGAGAGGAAGUGCUGGUGGACACCACGCUGACAUCACAGGAAGUGCAGGACCUGAUUGAGAAGACGGGGCGGAGGGCGGUGCUAAAGGGAGUGGGAUCCCCUGCACAGAAGGACCUGGGUGCUGCGGUGGCAAUGCUGUCUGGCUCCAGCCUGGUUCAGGGGGUGGUUCGGUUCCUCCAGGUCUCCGAGGAUCUCUGCCUGAUCGAGGGCACUGUGGACGGGCUGGAGCCUGGGCCCCACGGGCUCCACGUGCACGAGUUCGGAGACCUCACUGAUGACUGCCUCAGCUGCGGUGGGCACUUCAACCCCUUUGGAAAACCCCAUGGCGCCCCCCAGGAGUCGGACAGGCAUGUUGGAGAUCUAGGAAAUAUCCUGGCGGGACCCGAGGGCAGAGCGGUCUUCAGACUGGAGGACCAGCAGCUCAAGGUCUGGGAUGUGAUUGGCCGCUCGCUGGUGGUGGAUUCUGGGGAGGAUGACCUGGGGCGCGGAGGACACCCUCUCUCCAAAGUGACCGGGAACUCCGGGGAGAGGCUGGCCUGUGGGAUCAUCGCUCGCGCCGCUGGACUCUUCCAGAACCCCAAACAGAUCUGCAGCUGCGACGGGGUCACCCUCUGGGAGGAGAGAGAACGCCCCCUGGCCGGCCCGGGACGCAGAGCGCCCAAUCAGCACGCGGCACACCUCUGAGGCUGCCCCACCCCUUUAGAAGUCUGGCAGACCUGCUCUGAUCUCAAGCACUUAAACUAAAAUCAAAAGAGAUCAAUUAAAAUCAGGGAUCGCUCCAAUCAGUGAUGGGCAUGCAAUUAGAAUCAACCGUGCAAGUACUUAAUAACUCCCACUUAUUUUUAAAGAGAAGCACGUUUUGAAGUUCAUGGAUUUCAGUUUUUUUUUUUUAUGAGGUGUUAACAGGGUUUUGCACAGGCAAGGCAGGUAAUGCUACUAUGAGAGAAUACUGAUCGACAUUUAAAAUAUACAGGGUGCCUGCGAGAGGAAUAGGGAGAAGUGAUUUGAAAAGCCGGUCUAUUGUAAAACAAACUUGCAUGCAUUAGCCAUUUUGAUGUCCAUCGCUGUUCAUUGGUGUGCGUGUAUGUGUGUGUGUGUGCUAGUGUCUUUGCAAUCUGACGUUUUCCUGGCUGAGUAUUUUUUGGUUUACGAACCAGCUGUCAGGGCUGUUACCAAAAGUCCAGACUGUGCGUGACUACCGGAACGUAUCAUCUGUGAUUCUUUCAACAGGAACGCACUGAGCUGUUACAUUCCAGCGGUUUGUUUAUUUUUGUAAUAAGAAUUAAAAGCAAUUGCAUUCCA